AUGUCAGUACCCUUGCCCCCCGAUUUCGAAUGGGGAUUUGCAACAGCCUCGUAUCAGAUCGAAGGAGCUGUGAAUGAAGACGGGCGUGGAAAAUCGAUCUGGGAUACUUUCUGCCACCUUGAGCCAACAAGGACCAAGGGAGACAAUGGCGACAUCGCUUGCGACCACUACCACCGAUUUGAGGAGGAUUUCGAUCUUCUCUCGAGAUACGGCGCAAAAGCAUACCGAUUCUCAAUUUCCUGGUCGCGAAUCAUUCCGCUAGGAGGAAGAAACGACCCAGUCAACGAAGCAGGCAUCGCGUUCUAUAACAAACUCAUUGAUUCGUUGCUUGCCAGGGGAAUCACACCAUGGGUCACUCUCUAUCAUUGGGAUCUUCCUCAAGGCAUUCAUGAUCGAUACGGAGGUUGGUUGAAUGUGGAGGAGUCACAGCUUGACUUUGAGCGGUAUGCGCAGAUUUGCUAUGAGAGAUUUGGGGACCGAGUCAAGAACUGGAUCACACUGAAUGAGCCGUGGAUUGCUUCUAUUUUCGGAUACGCUACUGGCGGAAAUGCGCCCGGGCGUAGCAGUAUAAAUCCGCAGUGCACGGAGGGCGAUACUACUACGGAGCCAUGGAUUGUGGGGAAAGCCUUGAUCAUGAGCCACGCUCGCGCUGUGGUUUUGUAUAACCGGGAAUUCCGAGCUUCUCAGCAAGGGCAGAUUGGAAUCUCCUUGAAUGGCGAUUACUACGAGCCCUGGGAUAGUGAGGAUGAGCGCGACCACCAAGCUGCUGAACGCCGGAUGCAGUUCCAUAUCGGAUGGUUUGCGAACCCCGUUUGUUUAGCACAAGACUACCCCGAAUGCAUGAGAGAGCAACUCGGCGAGAGACUUCCUAGGUUCACAGAGUCGGACUUUUCUCUGCUUAGGGAGGCCGACAUAGACUUCUACGGAAUGAAUUAUUACACCUCCCAAUUUGCCCGGCAUCGCGAUCAGCCUGCCUCUGAGACUGAUUUCUUGGGAAAUGUGGAUGAACUACAAGAAAACAAGCAAGGUGUAUUGAUCGGAGAGAAAAGUGGUGUGCAUUGGCUCCUGUCAACCCCGAGCCUUUUCCGGAAGCACUUGACACGAGUAUAUCGUGCAUAUGGCAAGCCUAUCUAUAUCACAGAAAACGGGUGCCCGUGUCCUGGUGAAGACAAGAUGACAGCUGAAGAGGCCGUCAACGAUACCUACCGAAUCAAAUACUUCGAAGAUCAUCUCGAUGCGGUCGGAACAGCACGCACAGAAGAUGGCUCUGAUAUCAAAGGAUAUUUCGCAUGGUCAUUGAUGGACAACCUAGAAUGGUCCGAUGGAUACGGGGUUCGCUUCGGCGUUACCUUCACUGAUUACAACACCCUGGAAAGGACGCCGAAGCAAUCCGCAUUGUUGCUGAAAGGAAUGUUUGAUAAACGCAUGGGUGGCAACGCUUCCGAAUCCAAAUAG